AUGGACGACGAGUACGGCAGUUCCGAAAAUGAACAGGAUGAGCUUAUGGACGAGGCGGACGACCUAGAGCCCGAUCAUGACGGAGAGGAGGAGAACGAAGAAGAGGACGACGAGCAAGACGAGCAAGACGAGCCAGAACCUGAGCCUGAGCCCGAGCCCGAGCCUGAGCCCGAACCCGAACCAGAGCCCGAACUGCCAGAGCCCGAACCAGAGCCGGAGCCAACCGAAGGCAGCGAGUCUCAAGCACAGACGGCUGGCAGCCGUCCGGAUGGCGAACAAGACGCCAAUACCGCCGACCAACCGGCUGCGGGCACGACGUCAACGCCCGCAAGCCCGCUGACGGCAUCGCAAUGGCGGCCAAGGCUACGGCACGAGUACAUCACGGCUCCGCUCUACGACAUCGUCCCCACAAUGGCCGCGCCCCAGGCCACCAGCAUCAAUGCUAUCGCUAUCACGCCCGACCUGCGCUACUGGAUGACGGGAGGAUCCGACGGCUAUAUCCGGAAAUAUGACGGCAUGGGCACCAUCAACGGAAAGCAGCAGUUGACGGUGGCGCAAAAGCAUCCGUUUGUGGACAGCGUCGUCAAAGCCGCCAUUCUGAUGUCCUACUGGGAAAACGAGGAACCACCUACCCCCAACGCCCGAGCCGAGGAGCGCGUUACGUCGCCCGUCUACAGUCUGGCCGUCCACAGCAGCGCGCUGUGGCUGCUGAGCGGGCUUGAGAGCGGAGGCAUCAACCUGCAGAGCGUGCGGCACGACGAGGGCAAGAGGAUACACUGUCUGCGCGACGGCGGACACACUAAUGCCGUGAGCGUUCUGCAGCUGGCUCCGGACGAGAAGAGCGUGCUCAGCGGGAGCUGGGACAAGUCCAUUCUGGACUGGGACUUGAACAAUGGGCAAAUCAUACGCCGAUUCGAAGGCAUAGCGGGCCAAAUAUCGGCCAUCGAACUGCGGCCGGCCAACGGAGCACCGAUACCUGCCGAGGCAGGCGACCCCGAGAUCAAGAGCGACACGUUCGAGAGCAGCAAUGCCAGACCACGGCCUAACGGCUUUUUUACUGACGGGAUCACAGAGGGGACCAGCACAACAGUGGUCGGAAGUGAUGCCGCCAAUGACGGAGCGACUGCUGUGGGGGACGGGGCCUCUCCCGAGCACGAGUCGUUGUUUGGUAGUCCGGGCGGAUCCCUGUUUGGAGAUAACGAUACAAUAGGGGGAGGCGGGAAUAGAGGCGGAGGUGGAGGCGGAGCCUUUGGGAACGACGACGACGUUGACUUCUCGGGAGGUAUGGAUAUGGGAAGUCUUCAUGAGGAAUCGACUCACCACGGGCUAGACAAUCCUGGGGAAUUCGUCAUGGGGGAUACCGACAUGUCGAACGGGCCUGGAGAUUCGGGGAUGGCGCAGUCUUCCACAGAAGCCAGUGGCGGUGCCCCUGGGGAUUUAUCCAACGGUCUAUCUAACGGAACACUGUCCGAGGGAACUGUCAAUGGUGAUAUAAUUAAGGACACGGCUAUGGGGUUUGGCCAGCAGUCCUCGGAAACGCAAAAUCCUUCCUUUUUGACUGAACAUGCUCAGACCCAGGAGCAGCAGUCUGCCGAUGCCCCGUCCCAAAACGUCUACCAACCGGCUGUUGCUCAACCCUCUAUGGUGUACGGCUCUGCGCCGCCUCCCUCCCACCACGACCCUACGCAGUCCUCUUCCACCACCUUUCUCUCUACCGCAAUAGACGGGACGAUUCGGAUCUGGGACAGAAGGACUCCAGACCCUGUAGCGCGCAUCGGCAACCGACCUGGCGUGCCUCCCUGGUGCAUGGGCGCGUGCUGGAGCCCAGACGGCAACUGGAUCUACGCCGGACGCCGCAAUGGCACCGUUGAAGAAUUCAACAUCCACAAUGCGCGCAGCGGCUGGCGGCCGGAAAGAGUGCUCAAGUUCCCCAACGGCAGCGGCCCCGUGAGCACCGUGAGAGCCAUGGUCAACGGCCGCCACCUCGUGUGCGGGUCGCACGACAUUUUGCGGCUCUACGACCUGCGCGAGAACGCCGCCUUCAAGCACUCUAAGGUCCCCUUCAUCAUCAUUCCUGGCCCCCCUCGAGCGGGCGUCAUCUCUACACUCUAUAUCGACCCUUCCUCGCGCAUAAUGAUCUCAGCCGCCGGCACAAGGGGCUGGGAAGGCACCUCCACCGAGUGCCUCAUCGGCUACGAGAUUGCCGUCGCCGCAGCCCAGUAG